AUGGGCUAUCUUCGGCUCACCCUAUCCCUGUCACAGAGUUGUGAGGCGACUCUGUGGAUGCAGAAUGUAGCCUUCUGCCUUUCGACGCUCGCACCUCCUGUGUUCUCGACUAUCCGGGUCUAUGCUUUGUCCGGGAGGAGCAAGGUUCUGACCGCCCUCACCCUGCUGCUCUCGCUGGUGACCCCAAUUACAAGCAUGGCGACAUUUGUCGUCUUUAGCAGGAUCGAAUAUCUGCCAAGCCCCUUCAACUGCAGCGUCGUGCAAUUGGUCUCUCCUCAAGAAUCUUUCAGGUAAGUAACGCGCCACGGUCACGUUCAACAUCGCAUUGUAUUGCGCGCUGAGACUGCAAAUUCGCCAAGAUGUGAGUUGACAAGAGACAAUCCUCCAACGCAAUUGUCGCGACCGAUUUUCUUCCGCAGACACCAUGUCUAGCCGAGCAUGUACCCUCGCGGCCGAUGCCAUCGUGGUAUUCGUAACUUGGUGAAACACCUACAAGUCUUACAAAAUCCAGCAGGAGGCAGAGAUCGGUCCUUCUCUCGCACGAGUCAUGCUGUGGAACGGGAGUCUUUAUUUCAUUGUCCUCGCAGGCUUGAGCAUCGUGCACAUUGCACUUACCGCUCUAGAGAUAGACGCAAUCUUUAUCGACGACAGCUAUGCGAACCCUUUCAUAUAUCCCAUAUCCUCGAUCCUCGUCUGCCACUUUCUCCUGAACCUCCGCCAGGUCGACGUCGAUCCGGCGUCCGAGUCGCACAGCCAGUCGAUGUCUGCUGACGACCUCCGGUUCGCUGCGGUUUCCGCGGGCACUCUUCCUCGCUUCAUCGCAUCCCUCGGAGAGCCUGUUCACGUCUACGAACCGGAGUCUGUAGAUGCGAUUUAUGAUGCGUCUGAUGAAGGCGCACUGGAUGACCUUGUCAGGACUCAAGCUGGAGAUUGCGUUGCAGAUCAGGGGGAUCGCCUGGGGUCAAUAACAGAGGAGACUGGGUAG